UGUGAGCGCGCGCACGCACGCGCGUUUCAUCUGCAAUAUGUAUAUAUUUUUUGCAAUAAAGUUUUUAUUAGAAACUGAGUCUCUUCGAAUUAUCAAAAAAUGAAAAAUUAUGUUUUCUGUAACAUAUAUUUAAAAUUAUUUAAGACAAACAUUUAAUAUCCAACAUAUUCUGAUGCAAACCGAAAAUUUUACUCAAAAUUAUUAUUUUUAAUUUUUCAGCUACCCGUAGAGUUUAUUUGAUUUUGGGUAUCGAAGAGUAAAUUUAUGACGGAUCUGCUUGAAACACAUUAUUACACUUGUAAUUCUAUAAUAAAUGUGAUGAUAAACAAAAAAUCAAUUCCAAUACUAGCCAGAUGAUUUGCUCGCUUUGCUUUCAGUUAACAUAAUGAUUAACAAUAUUUUAUUUUAGUCACAAUUCAAUUAUGAUAAGAAUAUACGUUAAUUAUAAAUAAAAAAAUCAAUGAUAAAAAAUUUUGUAGAUUAUUUAUUUUUGUCUUUUAUUAUUAAAAUAACCUGUAAUUUCCAAAGUAUUGAUUCUUAAACACUAAAAUCCCCUAUUAUAUUAAAGAGAAACCCAUUUUGCGUUCUCCGGUUCUCCGCGGCUUUCCGAAUUUAUAAUUUUUUAUGAAUUGAAGCGACCGAUUUGGAGGGUGGCAGCAGUUCGCGUAUGCUAGCUGCUACGCGCGAAGGUGCUACAUCAGCAACUUUGGGCCGCGCAACACUCCGCUGGUGCACGGUGCUGUGCCACGAGCUUACGCCUGUGAUACAUCUGGGACGUGUGGGCGAACGUCCACGUCACCCGAAAAAAACGGUUGACGUGUGACAAAGAAUUACUAAUGAUGGAUACUUAAGAAAACUCCGCAAAAAUAGUAAACAGCUGCCAUUUAAAAAUUAAUAACUUUUUUAAUUUGCUAGUAAUUCUAUCGAUUCCAAUUAAUUAUUUUAAUUAAAUAACUAGAGAAGAACAAUUUAAUUAUUAAUUGACUAAUAACAAAGAAGUUAUUUUAACAAAAUUUUUUCUCAAAAUAUCUACACACUAGUUUGUACAAACAUGGGUUGUGCAAUGUCAGCUGAAGAACGAGCAGCUUUGGCUCGAAGCAAGCAAAUCGAAAAAAAUUUAAAAGAAGAUGGCAUUCAAGCAGCAAAAGAUAUUAAACUACUUUUGCUUGGUGCUGGUGAAUCUGGAAAAAGUACUAUUGUUAAACAAAUGAAAAUUAUACACGAAAGCGGCUUUACUCCUGAAGAUUUCAAACAAUAUAGACCGGUCGUAUACAGUAAUACAAUACAAUCCUUAGUAGCUAUUUUGAGAGCGAUGCCAAGUUUGGGUAUCAAUUUUUUAACAAAUGAGAGAGAGACAGAUGCAAAAAUGGUAUUCGACGUAAUACAGCGAAUGGAGGAUACAGAACCGUUUAGUGAAGAGCUUCUUUCAGCCAUGAAAAGGCUAUGGGCUGAUGCUGGAGUACAAGACUGUUUUGGGAGGAGUAAUGAGUAUCAAUUAAAUGACUCUGCAAAAUAUUUUCUAGAUGACUUAGAUCGGUUAGGAGCUAAAGAAUAUCAACCAACAGAGCAAGACAUUCUUCGAACUCGUGUAAAAACUACUGGCAUAGUCGAAGUACAUUUUUCAUUCAAAAAUCUGAAUUUCAAAUUAUUCGAUGUAGGUGGACAAAGAAGUGAGCGUAAAAAAUGGAUUCAUUGUUUUGAAGAUGUCACAGCGAUAAUAUUUUGUGUUGCUAUGUCAGAAUAUGAUCAAGUUUUACAUGAAGAUGAAACUACGAAUCGUAUGCAAGAAAGUCUCAAGUUAUUCGAUUCUAUUUGCAACAAUAAAUGGUUCACUGAUACAUCGAUUAUACUAUUUUUGAAUAAAAAAGACUUAUUCGAGGAAAAAAUAAGAAAAUCCCCACUUACGAUUUGUUUUGCUGAAUACGCAGGUGCACAAGAAUAUAGUGAAGCAGCUGCUUAUAUUCAAGCACAAUUUGAAGCAAAAAAUAAAUCAACUACAAAGGAGAUAUACUGCCAUAUGACUUGUGCUACAGAUACCAAUAAUAUUCAAUUUGUAUUUGAUGCAGUUACUGACGUGAUAAUUGCAAACAAUCUACGAGGCUGCGGUCUAUAUUAAUUUUCAGAUAAUAAAUUAAAUAUCAAAUAAAAAAAUUUUCUGAUUCUUAAUACGUAUCAAAAUUUCUUUAAUAGAUACUUAAUUUUUUUUAAAUUUGUAUUAAAUUUACAUCUUUUUCCGUAUAAAAUAAAUAAUAUUUACGACAAGCUUAGUGAGAAGCAAA